GUUCAUGUUCUGUGAAGAUGGGUGUUCAACUUGUUUGUUUCUUAGAGAGAGUUGGGAUACUUGGAGUUUCCAGACUUUUAAAGAUACUUCAAGUCAACAACUUCAGGAAACCUUGUGGCAGGAAUUGGUCAACAUAGGAGCUAAAGUCAAUAGUGGAAACUCUGAAGAGUUUGUACUGCACUUGGCAGAAAAAUAUCAUUUCUAUUUAUUGUUUGUCGAGGAUAAGCUUCGAAAAGAAGGAAUAAAAGGAAGCAAUUUUGACAGUCACCAGGUGCGGAAAGUGGAUAGACGGAAAGGAGACCAGGAAAGGGUAGUUCGUUUCUGUAUAGACGACCAAGGCAAUUCAGCGUCACUCUCUUGGGAGGAAUACAAACUAUUUGCUAUUAGAAUUCUUGGAGAGCUCCAUUUGUGUCUGCUUCAUCAUGGAUACUUGUCUCGCUGGUUGAUAGAAGUUUAUCGUAUUGUUCGAAUAUUAAAGUCGAUUCAGUCUUAUUCUCAUAAUCCCGUGGGUAGAAACUGUGAGACUAGAUGUAAUGUAUGGGAUUGGAUGAUUAGCGAUCCUGAGAUGAUAAGAAGAUAUUCUUGCUAUGUUCUGAAUCGCCUAUCUUUUAUUAUUUCUCAUGGAAUGGAAUGCGAUUUAAGCAUGGCUUUGUUGUCAUUUUUGAAGACUGAAACAGACUUUGUUUACCCGUUUCAACCAGUCUAUAAUCAUUUUGUUGGGAAAGAGUCGACCACUCUUUUGCAGAAACUUGUUUCAGAAGACUCCGAAACUAUUUAUAGUUCUGGAAUGCUUUCAUCCAAUCACUAUUCACAUCGUCCAAAGUUUAUUAACUUGGAGCAGAAUUGGGAUCGAAUGAUUUAUUGCUUUAGGAAAUGGAAUGGAGAAAUUCGUGAUGGCAAUGCAGGAAUAUUGGAUGUCUGUGUCAUCCGUAGUAUUUUUGAAGAGUUAUUACCUGAUAACAUAGAAGCCUUUACCAAGAGAUGGCUAUAUAUGUUAUUUCGAGAAUGUAUUCAUGGAGAAGAACAAACAUUAGCAAAUAUCCAAAAGUUGGGAAUUGCGACUUCAUUGGAACGCGUACAUCAUUUACAGAGUCGAAUGAAUCCUUCCUCAAUAAAUCAAAGACGACCAUGGCAAGAUCGUUUUGAGCAAGAUCAUUCAUACUUGUUUCGAGGUCGAGAAAGAUUCUUUAUGGAAAUGAUUGAAAUGGCUGAUAGCUCUAGGUGGAAUAACUGUUUGAUUCAACUCCUUCAUCUGAUGAUUGAAAAAAUUAUUCAGCAUGUAGACCAGUUGACUACUCAUGAGGGAAGUCAGGAAUGCAACGUGUUUUAUGAAGAACAGUUUAUAGUUGACUGUGUGCUGUAUGGAAGAUUGGCCACAAAAAUCUUGGCAGUAUUAUUGACUUUAACAGGGCCUCAUGAAAUACGAAACUCCAGCCACCAUCGAACGCUAGGAACUCCUAAACGUUCUUAUGGACAUAAAAAGAAUUCUUUCCAAAGAAAAGCAACUGAAACUACAACAUUCCAAAGAAUAUCUUUGGAAACAACUCAUGAUGAAGCCGACUCUCUUUCGUACUCCUUGAGGAAUUUGCAUUUUGAUAAGGAAAACUUGUCCGCGAAGCAUACCUGGUCUAGCAAGUUGAACUCAAUUGCUUCCAAUUAUUGGUUGCUUUAUACCAAUAGCUUAACAUAUCUUCAGUCUGCAAUGGAAUUACUUCCAAAGCGUUUCAGUUACGCUUUAAGCUUAUUCAUGUUAUGGACUCCCUAUUUAGCAAUUGCUAGUGUGGAUGACAUUAUCUCACAGUCGCCAUGGUUUAUACAGUGUAUUGAAUGGAUAAAACGGUUGAGAGAUGACUUUUAUGCUUGUUUCCUGACUAAAAAGAUGCAAGAAUGGAAUCAGUCUGUUGACAUUCAUGGUUGGAUUUUGAUGUUGACUGUCAUAGAGGAACAGAUUCCUCUAAGUGGUAUAUCUUCUUGGUGGAAACCAAGUGGCUAUUCCAUUCCCUUCACAUUUCCAUAUAUCGAAGAGUGGUUAUUUGGAAACUCUAUUCAUUAUAUCAAUUUACAUAAGAGCUGGUGGUUGGAUAAAAGAUUGUUCUGGCAUUGUUUGCCUCAUAUGAAACAGCUGCAUCAUUUACUUCACAACUGGGAUGAGGUUCAAGAAGAUCUUCAUGGCAAGUCAGUAAACAACCAUGCCAUGGUUCGAGUUACCGGUAGAAAGAUUCAACCAUCUCCUGCAGUUGUAUCACCCAAGAGCAUUGGAAGGGAUUGUGCAGAAAAUGAUCGACAGCAUUCCAAAACAUGCUUGCCCUAUAAUAGGUAUGCAGAACAAUUGGAGCCAAUCCAACAGCUUAUACAAAUGGUUUUGGAAAAAAAACUAUAUCAUUUAUUGGAAUAUUUAGAAAAGUCCCAAUGGGUCUCAAAAGGUAGUUGGUGGGAAUCGACUCGUUCAUCUUGGACCAAAGCCUAUCAAGUUUGUUUGAGUAUGUAUAUGAGCAAAGUUAGAGAUUUGCUAAGGAAUUUGGACGUCCCUUUGGAUGCAAUAUAUAGAGCUGCUGAUGAGACCUAUUGUCGAACUAUCAAACCAUGGUUGAAAAAACAGGACAACUCCCCGUUGGAGAUUCUUCAGUGGAUCAAAGAAAACUCUGAAAAUAAUUUGUACCUCAUGCAAAACAACAGGAAAGAGAUAUCGAGUCAUAAAGAACAGGAAGUGAAUAGCUUGUCAGAAACCAAAGAAGAAAACAACCAUAUUCAAGUUUAUCAGCAACUGAUAGAAGAAAAUCCCAUUGCGACUCGUUUGGAAAGUUUUCUAUUACAACAGUUACAAUGGAUAACCGAUAUGGAUACAGAAACUUAUCAAAAACUUGGCAUUUAUCAACUAGAACAACGUUGGUUGCAGUGGAUAUCGGUGCUUUUGGAAAGCUGUUCUCAGGUUGAAGGAGACCAGACCAGUUUUCCCAAACUAACUGAAUGGCUAUGGAAACAUUUAUCUUACGACACGAUUCAUCCGAUGGUCCAGUCAAGCCUUGCUUUGGCUAUUUCAAAGACCAAAUAAGUGAGUGGUGAAGAUCUCCUAUACACGAGCCAAGUUCAAAUUUUGUCUCCCGCACUCAAAUUUGGGUGUCGAAUGUACCACUCUGGAAAAAAUG